CUGGACAUGGUGGCUGGUUAUCCUUUAGCAGUAAACACCUACCGAAGUUUAAAUUGGACUGGCACAGAAGAGUAUCAGAAAGCAGAAAGGACACCAGUCCUUACCAAAUAUCCCGGGAAGACGUUGAACAUUAUUGGGUAUUCUCGUCAUGCUGCUAACUUUACGGAGAUGAUGAUCCGUAAUGCAGGACACGAGGUCCCUGCUGACCAGCCGUACGCUGCUAAGCAAAUGAUCAACACUUUCAUUGACAAGUAUCAAAACUAGGAGAGUUUAGAGCUGUUCCACUAGUCAUCGGUCAUGGGACAGCUCGCGUCCAACUGGGCACCCUCAGGCCUGUUGUCUUAAAUUUUGUACCGGGUGAGAGCCUUCAGCGCUCCCCAUUUAUCCGGCCAAGUAGUUAAUGCCAUCUGCGGCAAAUCUACAAUAAGUCACGUCAACAAAAAAAAAGCGAUGAAGUUUCGAUACAAAUCAUUACUACCUUGCAGAACACAUCACCGCGAACUUCGACCGAGACCUUUUUUUUUGACGUGACUUAU